AUGAAAUCUUUUGUUGUAAUUCAUUAAUCGUAGUUCUAAUUUUUGUCAAAUAAUUGAUUUCAUUAAUUUAUCUAUUUUUGAAAUGAAAAAUCUCGGCUAUCCAUUACAUUUUUUGCACUGCAGCGCAAUAGCGCAUUAUUUCAUGUAUAAUAUUUAGAAUAACAUUUAAAAAUAAGAAAGGAGAAUCGAAGGUUUAUAAAACCACAAGAUAAUAUUGAGAAUACUAAGGACAUAUCGGUUGGGUUUCAGUUAGAAAGUAAUAGGACUAGGAAAGUAAUAUUUCCAGUUGUAUACUUGUCAACCUUGUUUGUGGUGGUCGCGUCGGUAUGGCGGCAUAACGAAUUUUUAAGGUGAAUUCUGAGCCGCUAAUGUCAGUAACAAACGGUGCAUUUAAAUUAUUCGUACCGUUGACAGAAUGAUCGUCGAUAGGAUUUUGCAUUUGGGAUUCAUCGUGACAGUGUUUCUGAAUUUGUACACUAUAGCCGAAGAUGAUUCGACUACUGACUCAAAAUGUCAGUUCGGUAAAACAUUACGAAAACAGGUGAAUCCGGAACCAUUGAAUGGAACAUGUUUACGAGAUAUCGUGGUCCGAUUGUCAAACGAGUUUCGGUCGAUCACAGAUUCGGAGCUCGGUUUAAAAUCCUUCGAGAUAUUGCUUAACGAAAUGGAAUUUGUAAAUGUUUCAAGGAGUUUGAACAGCAAGCUAAAUUUAUUGACCGAUAAAUUAAACAAGAAACUAUCGUCCUACGCGGAACUUCUUAAACAAAGUUACCACGUUGUAGAGCCGAUUUUAACGAAGAAUGAAGAUCAAUUCAUUUAUUCUGGAUCUUUAAGUGGAUUAGAUAUCAUAUCAAAUGGGUUGUCUGAUUUUUGCUCACAGAUUGCUCAAGCUCUGGCAAUUAAUAUAAGAAGUCAGGAAUGGAAGAACUUACAUCUGUUACCUUUUAUGUAUCCUGUUACUAUGUGCGGUCCACCCAGUGCAGGUCACAAUAUUGGACCUCUUUUGUUGUCCCAGUAUUGUCCAAACAAAAAAGUUUUAUUGCUACUUGAGCAUGGCAUGUUCAUGUCUGAAGGGGAUAUUACUUUAGCUCAGAUAACUGCAGAGACAAUAAUUGACAUGCUGUCUCAGUCAGACCAUAUUAAUGUUAUUGGUCUCUCUAGCAAUAAUUCUAUAUAUUGUAAAGAUGGUUUAUUGAAAGCAACAGAUGUCAAUAAGUUUCAGUUAGCACGCUAUAUUCACAGCUUAAUCAGGACAGAAACAAAUGAUACAUUGGAAUUUAAUUUCAACAAAUUGCUGCAAAAUGUAAAGGGUGAAAUAGUAUUUAUACAUUUGACUAAUGUACUUAAAGCUACUUUGCCCAUAAAGAAGAUAAAAAGCAUGAUAUCUACAGGGAAAGUGAAUGGUUACUUAAGAACAGUUCUGAUUCUUUCAGAUCAAGAGGCACAUACAAAUGAUAACAAGUACAAUAGUAGUAUUUUAACUCUUCCAACACAGAAUAUGCUUGGUUAUGAAAUAUCAAAAUUAUUCUCUGAUUUGAAAUGUUCAGGAGAACAUAAAAAAGAUUAUUACCUGUCUGAUCCAUAUUUUGACUUGUAUAGUAAAACAAUGACUUUAUCUAUUGGACAUAUUACAGACAAAGCACUGAUAUCUUUAGAUAUUAAAUUACGAAAUUUUCUUGAUGACAUAACAUAUUUUAAUGCCGGUUUCCAUAUAUAUGCUAUAUUAUUUGAUAGCAAAGGUACAGUUUGGAUUCAUAAAGAUUUUCCGCGAAUGGAAAUGAUGAUGGAUCAACCCUUCAAAGUUAACUUGCAUCACAUUGAAAAUAUUAGUCCUGAGACCGUAAAUACGAUGAUUCAGCAAUACGAAGGUGUUCUAAAUAUGAAAACAAGAUUAGGAGAACAGAAAUGGUAUAGAUGGAAACAUUUGGCCUAUAAAGAUCUGAUAGUAUGUUUGGUGUCAGCAACUAAUGAAAGUGUAAUACCUGUUGCAAAAUUAGUGCCAACGUCAUCGACAAAUAUUUUGCAUCAUCGUCUCGACCUACUGUUACAUAGUAUUACCGAUAAAAGUAUUCUAUGUACCUACCACAACAAACUUUUAACUUUGUCAACAGGAGUGGUUUAUCUUUCUCCAUGGUGUUUCCAGUCACCAGUAGAACAGUUGAAAUUAUUGGAAACCGGGCCUGCUGUAACUGUUCAAAGUUACAUGGCGUAUCUAAAAGAUUUAACAGGUGUCUUAGCUAAUCCUGGCCUUCAUCAGUCUGUUAGACCAGAUGUAGCCACGUUGACUCAAAUAUUAGGGCACUUUAAAGAUAGACACACAGGAAGUGCUUUAAAUAAAUUUAUAAUAAGAAGAUAUAUUACUGGGACUGUGAGCGGAGUCUUAGAAAUAUACCCAGGAAUCAUGCUUGAUUCUAGUUUUGAUCCUAAAAGACGAAUGUGGUAUGGGAAAUCAUUGGAAUAUCCUGGAAAAUUAAUCUUUACACCUCCUUAUUUGAGCGCAGGUGGUUCUGGAUACGUUAUUACUUUGAGUCGUACAGUUCAUCGUAAUUCAGAAUCCAGAACAAACGAUGUUGCUGUAGCAGUUCUCUCUAUGGACGUAACAAUGGGUUUCAUUGCUAGGCUCUUAAAAGAAAUGUUUCCAUUUUGCAAUAAUGUUACAGUGAAAUGUUUCCUAAUGGAUGACAAAGGAUACUUGGUAUCUCAUCCAGCAUUGUUAGAACCAGUCGGAAAGAUUGAACAACAACAUUUGACGCAUAAAGAACUGUUAGUUGCAAAUGAUAUAUUGAAUCAUGAAUUCUUUGUAAAAAAGAAAGCAUGUGCAAAUUAUUUAGAUGGUACUGUACAAAGAUACUAUCAGUUUAACACUUCCCUCAAUGAAGUACUUACGAAUAUCGUCCAUGGUGAGCAUUGUGUCAAGUACCAAGUAGCAGCUGUACCUGGAACAAAUGUAUUUUUGGGAGUAGUUAACAUAACUUGCAAUUUAUUGAGAGCAUUCUGUCCGUGCAGCACUAUGGAUCGUUCGUGUUUGAAUUGUAAAAGAAUGGAACAAACGGAGUGCGAAUGUCCCUGUGAAUGUGCUUUAUAUUUUUCAAACUGUGCGGAGUAUAAUAUGCACGAUAUGCGUGAUCUCGAACCCUGUCCAGUAAUGUAUGAACACGGAGGAAGCUCACAGAUGUCUUGGAUACAAUCUACAAACUUAAAAAUCUGUCCGUCCAUUGAUUGUAAGGCAUUUAAGACAGAAAACGAUUGUCUAGGAAUAGUAGGCUGCCAAUGGUGCCAUGUAGAUAGCGACGGAGAAACACUUUUACAAACUCCGUUUUGUAGCGACAUGUCCCGAUGUUUCAGAGGCAUUCUUGGGUCUUAUAUACCCCUUAGCGAUGGUAUAUAUAAUUCCCAGUCAACCGAAGAAAUUGCAGUACACGAAUGGCCAUCCGUCGGACCAGUAGCUGGUGGAAUAUUAGCGUUUCUUUUAAUAUUAGGAAUUAUGCUCUUUUGUUAUAGACUUCGUUCUGUGCAAUCUGGUUUAGAACAUCAGUGUUUGCAUAUACAUACAUCGCCUGAUAUGUUACGCAUGACACAUUUAGAAGGAGAUGCAGAACCUAUGGAGUUACAACAAACGAAAAAUAAUUUAGAUUCUCUUAUAAAAGAUAGUAUUCCUCCUAUAUCGCCAUAUAAAGUAUCGACGAACUACAGGAAACCACCUGGAGGUGAUAGCGAUCAUGGGUAUAGUACAAUGACACCCUACGAUGAUUCUGAACAACAAACUUUUGCUGAACCAUUAUUGGUAGUUGGCAAUAACACCGAACCUGAUCUUCGAAGACGAUCUAUUUGCCUUCCGUCUCCGACAACUCAUUUAGGAUCUCCUCAUCAUGUUUUAGCACCUGUUACUGUUCAUUGUAACAUGGAAGCAAAUUUCUGUUAGUGAGUAUUUUAAGUAAAUGUAAUAAAAACCUUGUUAAGGUAAGAUUUGUUUAAUUAAGAAAAAAGUUGGUAACUUUUUUACAUACAUGUUAAGUUUCUACAAACUGCAGUGAUAUAUAGAGAUAUAUAUGUCCAAUAAUAUUAUUUAAAAUUAAUAUUUUACACGAGAACUUUAAUUGUAAUUACAUAUGUUGCAAUAACUGAAAACCUUUUACUGUUAUUACUUUUCUUUUUAUUAAAUCGUGUGUUUUUACUUAAGUGCGACGCGACAAAUCUAAAUGUGUUCGAAUAUUACUUAGAACAAUCAUCUAUUUUUGAUAUAAGAAACAAAUGGUGUAACUGAAGUAUCCCAUAUUAUUGAAAUUACUUUUGGAAAUUUACAUAUCAUUUUAAAUAAUUUUGUACGCAUAAAAUAACGGGAUACUUGAUUCUACAGUUUGUUUCUAUUACGUACGUAGUUGAAAAGUAAGCAUCACAGAUUAAUUAUUUAUAUAUUCUAUAAGUGUAAGCUAUGUAGUUUUAAGAUUUACGAUAAAAUAUUGACCGAUAUAAAAUUAUUGCAUAAUUAUUAGAUAUUUACAUUUUUAUACAUUGAGAUACUAUUUUGGAAAAGAUGUACAGGUUUCUAUUGUAUUAGAAACGUUAACUUCUAUAUCAAAGAAUAUAACGAUUUAAGAGACAA